CUUUAAUUGAGGCCGCCGGGAUGGGGCGCAUCGCGUAGGGCAGAGCGGGGCCGCCGCGCUCCGGGCCGCAGGCAGCGCGCACCGACGGCCGUGCGGAGCCGAGCCGAGCCGGGCGCCGCCGCGUGGGUGGCCGGGCGCUGGCGGCCGCCCCUCCCCGAGCCCCAUGAAAACGCAGGUCUGCGGGAGCUCCCCGCGGGCGCCCAUGGCUGCGGCGAUGCCGUGCAAGAGCGCCGAGUGGCUGCAGGAGGAGCUGGAGUCGGGCGGCGGCCGCUCGCUGCUGCUGCUCGACUGCCGCCCCCACGAGCUCUUCGAGAGCUCCCACAUCGAGACGGCCAUCAACCUGGCCAUCCCCGGGCUCAUGCUCCGCCGCCUCAAGAAGGGCAACCUGCCCAUCCGCUCCAUCAUCCCCAACCACGAGGACAAGGAGCGCUUCGUCAAGCGCUGCAAGGCCGACACCGUGCUGCUCUACGACGAGGCCACCGCCGACUGGCAGGACGGCGGCGCCGCCACCUCCGUCCUGGGGCUGCUGCUCCAGAAGCUGCGCGACGACGGCUGCAAAGCCUACUACCUGAAAGGUGGCUUUAACAAGUUUCAGACCGAGUAUUCUGAGCAUUGCGAGACCAACCUUGACAGCUCCUCGCCCAGCAACUCUCCACCUGCGUCUGUCCUUGGCCUGGGAGGGCUGCGGAUAAGCUCUGACUGUUCAGAUGGCGAAUCUGACAGGGAACCCAGCAGUGCCACCGAGUCGGACGGGAGCCCAAUUCCCAACAAUCAGCCUGCCUUUCCAGUCCAGAUCCUACCUUACCUGUACCUGGGCUGUGCCAAAGAUUCUGCCAACUUGGAUGUCCUGGGCAAAUACGGCAUUAAGUACAUCCUGAAUGUGACUCCCAACCUGCCAAACAUGUUUGAGCACGACGGAGAGUUCAAGUACAAGCAGAUCCCCAUCUCAGAUCACUGGAGUCAGAACCUCUCGCAGUUCUUUCCUGAGGCCAUUGCUUUCAUCGAUGAGGCCCGUUCCAAGAAGUGUGGGAUCCUUGUUCACUGCCUCGCUGGCAUCAGCCGGUCUGUAACAGUAACUGUCGCCUACUUGAUGCAAAAACUCAACUUGUCCCUGAAUGACGCCUAUGACUUUGUGAAACGGAAAAAAUCCAACAUCUCCCCAAACUUUAACUUCAUGGGCCAGCUACUGGACUUUGAGAGGACUCUGGGACUCAACAGCCCGUGCGACAACCGCUCUCCCAGUGAACAGCUGUACUUCACGACCCCCACCAACCACAACCUGUUUCAGCUGAACACUCUGGAGUCCACAUGAAGGGGAUUUAGCUUGGUCGGGAACUCCAGCAUCGAAUCGCUUCUCUUGAGCAUUUCAACUAUUACAAAAGUAUCUGUCUUGCCAGGCAGCUCUGAAAGAGCUCGCUCCUCUGAGCAGAGGUGUCUGAUUGCUGCUUUAAGAAGGCUAAUGCCAUUCAUUAGUAUCCUGAUUCUGAUCAAAGCAGAGAGGUAGUCUUUUUACAGGGGGUUAUUUAACAUGGGCGAUGUUACAGCGUUCUGAACGCAGCUGUUACCGCAAUAACCGCUUUCCUAGGUGCAUUGGGACUGCCAGAGCACGCACACGUGUGAAGAGCUACCAGGGGUUAGCUGGCGGCAGAAAGCGAGGAGAUUUAUGCACUUGGAAACCUUGAUCAAAAGGUGUUGGCCCAAGACUGUUUUAAAACCCAAGUUUACUUUUUUUGGUUUUUAGAAAAGAUAAAUCUUACUCGAGCUUUGGGUUCAAACUCUUUUUAAAUAUGUAAGUUCCUGACUGUUUGUACAGACGAGGUUGCAAAACCAGUAUUUUAUUCUGUUUCUUGUUUGAUCAUUUAUUAUUUUUUUUAAUCAAAUGUUUAUAUUGACCAAAUGCAUUUUGCACACUUUGUGAAGCCUCGGUAUGUCCUGGCAUAUUACUGGGUACUCCAGAGAGAGAUACAUGCUGCUGCUGCUGUUGUUGUUAGCAUCUAGUAGGAAGCUUUGUUAUGUGUGAAGGCCAGUUGGGCUUAAACGCAACCCCUUCACCACGCCUGCACUCACAAUCACAAACUCUGCACUGAUUCAGCCAAGGUGACUAAGCCACAAGCUUUCUUUCUUUUCUUUUCUUUUAAUGCCACCCCUGCCAAAAUCACUGUUUGCUCUUGCCAGAGGUAAAAACUCUUGUAGCCUCCAGAGUUGGUAGAAGCAUGUCUGAGCCGAGCACUCAUUCUCUGCUGCCUGUUGACUGACUUAAUGUCAUCCAGCUGGCCUGAAAUCAUUCCAGCUUCCGAAGUAAAGAAAGUAUUUGUGAUGUUGGCGUUUCUCUUGCACACUUGAUUCUUUCCCAUGUGUGUGCAUGUGGGGUGGGGGAUUCGGGAGGGGGGACAUAGCAAGGGCCUGGAGCAGAGCGAGGAUUGUAGUGGGACAGGACUGAAUCGCCACGCACGGAGCGUGUGGGGGGAGUGAAGAGAUGUGGAAAUAAUGACAAGAGCGUUGUAACAGAAUUUUUAUAUACGUAUAUAUAUAUAAAUAUAUAUAUUAACUGGCAAAAUCUGAGAUGAUUGGAGCUUUCAACAGAGGUUCUAAUUUGUUUUUUCUUUUUUCUCUUUCGAAUAACUUUAUGCCGUGCCUUCUAUUCUGAGAAGACUUGUUUAUAUUUCUGGCUAGUUUGGCAAACACCUUGUACCAAGCUGGGAGGGGGAGGAAGUGGUAAUACUUUAUGGGAGGAGGGCAGAACGGAUUUGGAGAUUUCUUUAUUGGCUGCAAUGUAGUCCCUCCUUUCUCCCCCCUCCCUGUCCACUUUAACUCUCGUGUAACUGAAAAAAAAAAAAAAAAAAGCCACGGAUUUUUUUCUAAAUAUCCAGUUUUUUGUACUUUUUUCAAAAAAAAACCAAAAAAUAAUAAUAAAAAAAAAAUCUCCUUCUGGAGGAAUGUUUGACGCUGUCACAUCCUGAAACUGUUCUUUUUGUUAAAGAUAUUAUCAGAAUGUUGGAAUGAGCUGUUUUCUGGGGUUUUUUUGUUUGUUCAUUGUUGGUUUUUUGUCUGCAACAAUGUUUGGAUCGUGGGUCAUUGGAAGGGAGAAUGGGUGUAAGUAUGGUUGUGAGUGAGCAAAUUGAGAAUAUCCUAAUUGCAUCUUACCUCAUGGAGGAAUUUAUUUUUCAGGGAUUUUUUUGACAGUGCAUCUGUAUUGCAUUACAGCUAAGCUGGUUUGUAAAGGCUUCCUGUGCUGUUCGUGGUCUUUCUUCUUUAAAGGAAAAGAUGCAUCUUCUGGUUACUACAAAUGAGAGCUUGUUAGUGAGGAGUGGUUCUGCUUUUUGAGUUAUGAAGGAAAAUUAGUGACCUUACAUAUACUGAUCCAAUAUUAGGACUUUGUUUAUAUUGCAAAUAAAUAUUAUUUUUUCUUUAAAAA